AGGCUCUUAUUGUGGAGGGUUUGACCCGGAAGCAGCUAGCAGCGGAGCCGCAGAGCAGCGGCCGUCCUCCGGAUUCCUCCCCCGCUCCCAGAGCCUCUCUCUCGGCGCUGACAGACAGCUCCUGUGGCUCCGCGCUGCCGGUGGCUCCAGGCGGUCCGGCCGGGAUCUGCGACCCAGUGGGAUGUUAGUGAGUCCGGGCUUCUCACACGGAGCUGCUCGGGGCUUUUCUGCACGGAUCCGAGACAAGGAGCAUCUCCGCGGUUCUUCACCACCAUCCUCAUCCUCAUCUUCGGCUGCAGAGGUGUGAAACGUCAUGACUGGAGCUGAGACUGAGGAUGAUAUUCCUCUAGGAGAGCGGAAAACCGUCACCGACUUCUGCUACCUGCUGGAUAAAUCCAAGCAGCUGUUCAAUGGGCUCAGCCUGCAGGCUCUGCACCGAAAUCACAGCGUGCGCCGCGCCGCACCGCGCCGCACCGCGCCGCGCCGCGCCGUGUGGAGCGGCGGGACGCUUCCUGCUGCUCCGGGAUCUGACAGCCGGUCAGCGGGGCGGAGCAGGAAGGAAAGGCCGACCCAUUCACACAGAACCACACAGAACCACAGCGAGCUGCUUCACUUCAGAGACCUUCCUCAGUACGGACACAAGCAGUGGCAGUCGUACUUUGGCCGGACCUUCGACGUUUACACCAAGCUGUGGAAGUUCCAGCAGCAGCACCGGCAGGUUCUGGAUACCAGGUACGGCCUGAAGAGAUGGCAGAUCGGAGAGGUGGCCUCCAAGAUCGGACAGCUCUACUACCACUACUACCUCCGGACCUCAGAGACCAGCUACCUGAACGAAGCCUUCUCCUUCUACUCAGCCAUCCGCCAGCGCUCCUACUACUACCAGGUCAACAAGGAGGACAGGGCUGAACUGGUGGUGAAGAAGCUCCGCUACUACGCUCGCUACAUCGUCGUGUGUUUACUGCUCAACAAGAUGGACCUGGUCAAAGUUCUGGUGAAGGAGUUAUCGGAGGAGAUCGAAGACUACACCCAGCGCUUCAACACGGAGGACCAGCUGGAGUGGAACCUGGUUCUGCAGGAAGUGGCAGCUUUCAUCGAGGCCGACCCGGCCGUGGUUCUGAACGACCACAACUCGAUGUUGGUGACCAGCAACCGGCUGCAGGACGGCAGCGUUCCCCCGCUGGAGCAGGGCAUGGUGGUCGGCCAGCUGGUCCUCGCCGAUGCCCUGAUCGUCGGCAACUGCAACAACCAGGUCAAGUUCAGUGAGUUGACCGUCGACAUGUUCCGGAUGCUCCAGGCUCUGGAGAGGGAACCCGUCAACCUGGCAACGCAGACGUCCAAACAGGCAACGCUGGAGCCGAAUGAGAAGCCAGCCAAGAGAGAAAACCCCCAUAAAUACCUGCUGUACAAACCGACCUUCAGCCAGCUCUACACAUUCCUGUCGGCUUCCUUCAAGGAACUUCCUGCCAACAGCGUCCUGCUGGUCUAUCUAUCAGCUACUGGAGUUUUCCCAGCGACACAUUUAGACUACGAAGCAGGUCCGUAUGACUUCGGCGGCGUUCUGACCAACACCAACAGGGACGUGGUGAACGGGGAGACGGUCCAGAAGAGGAACCAAGCCCAGAAAGAGAUGCACUGCCUUCAUCCUGGAGAUCUGUUUCCUUUCACCCGGAAGCCGCUCUUCAUCAUCGUGGAUUCCUCAAACAGCACCGCCUAUAAGAACUUCUCCAACCUGUUCGGCCAGCCGCUGGUGUGUCUGCUGUCCCCGACCGUUUACCCAAAGAGCGUCCAGGAUCAGUCUCAGCGCGGCAGCCUCUUCACGCUCUUCCUGUACUCUCCUCUGCUGGGCUUCUCCUCCGUCUGCGGCCUGAGCAGCCUGCGGCGCGGCCUGUGGGAGAACGCGCAGGACUUCCUGAGGAAGGUGUUCCGGGACAUCGGCCAGAUGCUGACCCGAUCCCGGAGCAUCGAUCAGGCCUUCCUGCAGUUCUUCGGUGACGAGUUCCUGCGGCUGCUCCUGAUCCGGUUCGUGUUCUGCUCGGCGACGCUGAGGCUACAUAAGCUGUUCCGGGAAUCCCGGAGCUUCCCGGAGUCGUACCCGGAGCUGCCGAAGCAGGACACGGUGGAGAGCGUUCUGCUGCAGAAGCAGGUUCUGGAGCUGGCCGCCAUGCUGGACGUUCAGAGCUUAUUCUGGGACGAUUCACUGGAGAGCUACUAGCGCCUCCGCACCGGACUCAACCAGAACCAGAACCAGAACCCGCUCUGUUCUUUCCUUUGUAGUAUGAAGGUAAUCUUUUGUUCGUCCCGUCCGUCAUUUCCUCUGGAAGCAGGAGCGACGCUCCCGUCUGUCACCAGGAAGAGUAGUCUCAACGCGACCCGAGUCAUCUCAAUGUGACCCGAGUCGUCAUAACGUGACCUGAGUCGUCUCCAGAUGACCCCGAGUCGUCUCAACGCGACCCAAGUCGUCUCCAGACGACCCCGAGUCGUCUCAACGUGACCCGAGUCAUCUCAACGUGACCCGAGUCGUCAUAACGUGACCUGAGUCGUCUCCAGAUGACCCCGAGUCGUCUCAACGCGACCCGAGUUGUCUCCGGACGACCCCGAGUUGUCAUAACACGACCCCGAGUCGUUUCCGGACUACCCCAAGUCAUCAUAACGCGACCCGAGUCGUCUCCGGACUACCCCAAAUCAUCAUAACGCGACCCGAGUCAUCUCCGGACGACCCCAAGUCAUCAUAACGCGACCCGAGUCGUCUCCAGAUGACCCCGAGUCGUCUUAACGCGACCCCGAGUGGUCUCCGGACGACCCCGAGUCGUCAUAACACGACCCCGAGUCGUUUCCGGACUACCCCAAGUCAUCAUAACGCGACCCGAGUCGUCUCCGGACUACCCCAAAUCAUCAUAACGCGACCCGAGUCAUCUCCGGACGACCCCAAGUCAUCAUAACGCGACCCGAGUCGUCUCCAGAUGACCCCGAGUCGUCUUAACGCGACCCCGAGUGGUCUCCGGACGACCCCGAGUCGUCAUAACGCAACCUCGAGUCGUUUCCGGACGACCCCGAGUCGUCAUAACGCAACCUCGAGUCGUCUCCAGACGACCCUGAGUCGUCAUAACGUGACCCGAGUCGUCUCCAGAUGACCCCAAGUCGUCUCAACUCAACCCCGAGUCGUCUCCGGACGACUCUGAGUUGUCACAACGCGACCCCGAGUCAUCAUAACACGACCCGAGUUGUCUCCGGACGACCCCGAGUCGUCUCCACUGAGCCAGAUCAACACAAACAUUCACAAUGGGUUGUUUUAUAUUUAUUUAUUGUUGCCGUCGGUUUCGCAGUGACACCUGGAGGUUUGUUUAUCAGCUGACGGGCCGAGAUGCAUUCAGGUUCGCUCCGUUUAUUCCAGGUUCUUAACCAGAUCAUCUGGUUCCUCUGUGAGUCUUAGAGUUUCUCUUAUUACUGUGAGUAAAAUCCAUGUCAUUAGUUCUCUGCAGAGAUAAAAGCACAAAACCUUCACAGCGCCCUCUAGUGGGACGCAGCGCUCUGGCUACAGGAGGUGAAACAUUCAGAGUUUUUAUUUAAGGGUCCUGAAACUCAGACAGAUUCUUCACACACUGAUGGAUUUCAAGAAUUUAUUUCCCUCCGUGUUACUGGUGCACACUUUUUCCCUCCACUCAACUUUCCAUUUAUAUGUAAUUAGGGCCUCCUGGUGGAAGGCGUCAGUAACUGCCUGCUGGUCUAAACCAGAACAUUCCAGUAAAAAGCCUUCUGAUUGGCCGGAUUUAAUGAUCGGCUUUCAUUCGGUCGUAAUCAGACGAAAAUGAAAAAGCAAAAGAAAUGCUUGAAAUUAGUCAGAUUGUGUGUAAUGAAUUUAAUAUUUAAUAAUAUAUGGAACUGAAGACGAGCCGUUUUAUAAAGACAAACAUUAUCAGGAAUAAUUUGGGCUGUUUCUAAGUUUUUAAAGUCAGAUUUUCAACAUGUUGUCACUUCACUGACAAUCUCCCAGUUUCAAACCAUUUAGUUACUUUAAAUCUGUGACUGAAUGACAACAUGGUGAAAACAUGAUUCUGAAAAAUGAAUCCUAUUUUUUCCUUUUCCUACAAACUAAAUAACUCAGAUUAUUCCUGUUGCUUUUUGUUUGUGUCUCUAUAAACGUUACUUUAGUUUUUCCUCGGAGCAUCUUCAGGCUGAAUUAUGGAUCUGUCACCAUGGCGCCGCAGCGCCACGCUCAGACCCGGAUGUGACGGGUUCUGUGGUCAGACGGGUCAUCUGCUCUGAACCUGGACCAGAACCGGAUCAAAGGUCUGCUCUGGUUCUGGUUCUGGACGAUUCCCAGUAGUUUGUUUUUGGAUCACAGCUGAUGAAAAACCAGAGUUUUAUUUUUCGUCUUUCCAGUAUUUAUUGAUAUCGUCGGGGUGUGUGUGCGCGUGGGUGUGUGUGUGUGUGUGUGUGUGUGUGUUCAGUCUAUGAUGUUUAAUAUGAAGUUGGGAAUCAAUCGGAUCAUCUCGGUGACCCAUAAUCAUUUUCCUAAAUCUACAUUCCGACUUUCCCAGCAGAAUCGUGUUAUGAAUUUUUCCCUUCUACGUUCAGAAGUUGUUGGCUUGCACUUUAUGAGUUUUAGUGUUACUGUUAUUUAGUUUGUUGUGUUUUCAAUUUCCAUGUUUCUGUGGACGUUCUGCCGAGCAUGCUGGCUGGUUCGGACCCGACUGUCUGGUGUUCUACAUGAUUCUAGUAGGAGGAGAGAAACGCGGCUUUAAUCUGUAAGAUAGCAAAAAACAAAGAAAAAGAGUUUUGAGCCACAACAUUAUGACCACUGUCGUCUAGAACUGAAACUGGUUGAGUUUGUUUCUAUGGCAACAGUUCACGAACGAGUCAUUUCAGAUCCAAUCAGUUCAGUUUGUUAUUUAACGGUUAAAAACCCAGCGGAGCGUCGAGCCUCUGAUCUAAAAGUUUAGAUCUGAACCAGGAAUCAUGAGCAGAAUAAUUCAUGUCUUUAAUUCCUGGUCAUAAUGUUUUGACUCGUCUGCUCUUCAUUGCAGCUAUAAAACAAAAUCUUUUCAGCUUCUGUUCAAACUUUUUACUGUUGUGAUGUUUUCUGUGCUUCGGGUUUUAAAAUGUUCUUUACUUUGAGCUUCGAACAAAAGAAAAGUAAAAAGUGUGAGGAUGAAAUCCUGGAGCUCACCCAGCAGCAGAUGAAGCACUGGACUCAUCUUAACUUUUGUAAAUUCAAUGUCAGAGACAUUAAAUAAGGACCACUUUUC